AUGGAGGAAGUUCUGGCAGCCCGAGGAAUAGUUGACAGGGUUGAUCAGGCAGAGAAGGAGAAGAAAAGGGCUCUGAGACAUAGGGAUGACUCCCGUGAGCCGAAGAAAAAUAGAACAGAUCGGCCUCUGGACAUAGCUGAACUUGAGCAAUAUGAACUUGAUCAUUCUCGAACAAACCUACUCUUGGAGAUCCAAAAUCAGAAGUACUUACGCUGGCCCAGGCCAAUGGCAGGUAAACCAGAAAAGAGGAACCUCAACAGGUACUGCCGAUACCACCGAGAUUAUGGACAUGACAUCGAAGACUGUAAGUCUCUGAAAAGGGAAAUUGAUGAGCUCAUCAAGGCCGAAUAUCUCAACCAGUAUCUGAAGCAGAAAUAUGGUGGGAACUGGCCCGAGCCGAGGAGAGAUGAAGACCAACCGAGCCGAGGUAAGGCCGAGCCGUCCAAGGACCCAACCACGGACCGAGCUGUCACAUACGACAACCAGCCCCUGGGUCAGGCCAUCCUAACAAUCAUGGGCGGACCUACGGUGGAAUCAGUCAGAAAAGCCAAAGCACACCCACGGUUCAUAUGCAUCAUGGAACAAACUGUCAAAGCCUUCAAAACAGAUCCACCCAUUACUUUCUCUGACAGAGAUCUGGAAGAGUUAAAUUGGCCUCACAACGAUGCUAUCGUGAUCCAAUUAGUGGUGGCCAACCACCCUUUCCACAGGGUUCUAGUGGACACGGGAGCCUCCGUUGACCUCAUGUCAUACGAAGCCUACAUAAAACAGGGGCUUGGCACCAGAACCUUAAAACCAGCCCCAGGACCUUUGUAUGGAUUCUCAGGCAUGCCAGCUGAGCUAGAGGGAGUUGUUGACCUACCUAUAACCAUCGGACAAGGAGCUCAGACAGCCACAACCAUGCUCGGUAGCAUCUAA